UUCCUUCUCUUUUUCUUCUGUUCCCCUUCUAUCCUCAUCCCAUUGCCCAAUUUCUCUUUCCGAAUCAAAACCGGAAAAAGGUUGCAACUUUGGCAAGAUUUUGCGACCCCAAAAUGAAAUUAGAUCGUGGGUGCCUAGUUUUGUUGUGGGUGUUGGAGCAUUAAGACAUAACUGGUUGGGUGCUAACGUACGCUUUGUCGUCUGGGAACGGUUGGAAUUGGAUGGAUCAAUUAGCGUGAGCAGUUGAAAACUGCGCCGUUCCCGUAACUCGCUCUACUCUGCCUUACGUCAUUUGAGGCAGAUUUCUCAAGAGGUUUCUCAGCCAAGUGUAACAGGAUGGGGAAGAACGCCUGCAGCUUUACGUGCACUGAGUCAGAGAUUGAGCAAAAUGUUCCUCCAGCAAUUCUUCUUAGAUUCUUGAGGGAGCACCGGUCAGAAUGGGCAGACAACAACAUUGAUGCCUACUCAGCUGCUGCCAUUAAAGCCGGUCCCUGUAGCUUGCCAGGGGCCCGACCAGGAGGAGGUUUUGGGGGUCAGGUUAUUCUUCCGCUAGCUCACACAAUUGAGCAUGAAGAGGCAAUGCUGAUAAACAUGGUGUUAAAGUAGUUGGAGGUUGCAGCGGUUAAAGUGGUUGGAGGUUGCAGCAGCGUCAGCGUGAGCGGUUGGCACCAAGGGCGACGAGCCUUGUUCUUGAUAGUGGAGGGCGCAUUGACGGGACAGCGAAACCUCUCUCUCGUGCAUGAAUGGCACCGCGGACGUGCUGCAACAGUGACAGUGGCAACUCAGAGGCAAACGGCACAGUGGUUUCCAAAUCCCUAAUUUCUUUUUUAAUUUUGCCAAUCUAAAUAAAAAUUCUACGUAACAAAAUAAUGUACGUCAUCGUAAACACGUCAUCACAAUUAGACAUCAUUAGUGAAAACUUAACGGUGAGAACUUAAUUGACUCAUUUUUAUAAGUCUAUGGACUCAAUUAAAACCAAAAAUAAAACGAUGAUCCACUUGAAAUUG